GCACACAGUGACAUGACCUCCUUUCUGUUCCGGUUAUUUCAGCACUGUUAUGGAUUAACUGUGUCACAGAAGUCAUUUGCGACAGAAAGCGUGUUGCCGGUUUGCAUUUAAACAUCUAUCUACGUCGUUUUAGUAAGGCGAUAUUUCACAUCUAAGAAGUGUUCUGAGUUGUACACAGUUGAACCAUGGCGUGCCGGCACAGUAUCCUAGCAACAGCCUCGUGCCUGAGUAAACCAAAGAUGGCCGUCCACUUGCUGCGGUCCGUCCAGGGUGACGUCACCCGCGCCCUCGUCUGUCACUACAGCACAGAGGGGCUACAGCCCAGGGAGCGGGCGGCGGCCAAGAAGUACAAGCUGGUCGUGGUGGGCGGCGGGAGUGGAGGGUGCGCCGUGGCCGCCAAGUUUUCCUCGCUGGGGAAGGAGUGUGCGGUCAUUGAACCCAACAAUAUGCACUACUACCAGCCCAUCUGGACACUGGUCGGUGCCGGACUGAAGGGGUUCCAGUCCUCUGUCCAGCCCAUGAGCCAGGUCCUGCCACAGAGCUGCGAGUGGAUCCAGGAGAGGGCCGUCAAGUUUGACCCUCAGAACAACACGGUGGAGCUGGCGUCUGGGGAUAAGGUCCAGUACGACUACCUGGUUGUGGCUAUGGGGAUCCAGCUGGACUACGGCAAGGUGAAAGGCUUGCUGGAUGCGCUAGAGCACGACACCACCGUGGCGUCCAACUACCACCCCAGGUGGGUCAACAAAACCUUCCCAGCCUUGCAGCAGUUCCGUGGCGGCAACGCCAUCUUCACCUUCCCCAACACCCCCAUCAAAUGUGCUGGCGCCCCACAGAAGAUCAUGUACCUGGCUGAUGAGUUCUUUCGUAAGGCCUGCGUCAGGGAUCAGACCAAAGUGCUCUUCAACACAUCCCUGGGUGUUAUAUUUGGCGUCAAGAAGUACGCAGACGCUCUACAGAAAGUCAUAGACAAAAAGGAUAUAACAGUGAACUACAAACACAACUUGGUGGAGGUGGACCACAAAACAAAGACAGCGCUCUUUGAGAAACUUGAUGAUAACAACAAAAUUGUACCCUUCAAGUAUGACUUCCUCCACGUGACCCCGCCCAUGUCAAGCCCUGACGUCCUGAAGGCCAGCCCCCUGGUCAAUGAAGCGGGCUGGGUGGACGUCCACAAACACACACUCCAACACAACAAGUUCCCCAACAUCUUUGGUCUCGGGGACUGCACCAGUCUACCCACCUCUAAGACAGGCGCUGCUGUGGCUGCCCAGUGUGGGAUCCUACACAAGAACCUGACAGCCCUGGUCAAGGGAAACAGCCUGGAGCCUCUGUAUGACGGCUACACCUCCUGUCCCCUGAUCACAAGCAGCAGGACGUGUAUCCUGGCAGAGUUUGACUACGAGGGCAAACCCCUGGAGACCCUGCCUAUCAACCAGGCCAAGGAGCUGAACCUGUCCUACAACAUGAAGGCCUACGUCAUGCCAGAGAUCUACUGGAAGGUCAUGAUGAAGGGCAGGUGGAAUGGACCAAAAACUUUUCGCAGAAUUCUUCACUGUGGAUUUGACAGAAGGCCUAAUCUGAAAAAAUCUGGAUCCGGUUUAUGUUGAACUUUCUGCCAUGCUGUUGGUUCUGGAUUUUGCUUGAACGAAUGAUGCCAAAAUAUUGCUGAUAAAAUGGAUGUUAAUAAUGUACAUUUCAAACUCAAUAAACUA